GCAUGUGUAGGGAAGUCAGGGUCUCCAAGUUUACAGAACUUCACAUUCCCACUCUCACUACCAAUCUUCAUCUUUUCAACAGAAACAAGAACAGAAUAAAGAAAGGGGGGGAAGAAAGGGUGACCGCAAAUUCCUUAAAAACGCAUAUAAUUGGACACCCAAUAGCGUCCUCCGCCAUUCCUUACCUCCCAGCUUCCUCUUUGCGAGAAGCGUGUUGCUCAUUGUAAUGUGGAUGGGGUUGCCUUUGGAGGCUCAAGGAUAAGUGUUCUGGAACUUUUCAAAAUCUAAAGUUUUGAGACAAGUAAAUUAGGAUGGCUCCAUCUAGCAAGGCUGAUAAAAAAGGAGCUGCCGAUGUGGGUGCCUGGAUGUUCAAUGUUGUCACUUCUGUUGGGAUUAUCAUUGUCAAUAAAGCCUUAAUGGCUACUUAUGGUUUUAGUUACGCCACGACACUAACUGGUAUGCAUUUCGCUACCACGACCUUGAUGACUGGGGUUUUAAGGUGGUUGGGAUACAUCCGAGCUUCUCAUCUACCUUUCCCUGAGCUUUUAAAAUUUGUUGUCUUUGCAAAUUUCUCUAUUGUUGGAAUGAAUGUUAGUCUAAUGUGGAAUUCAGUGGGAUUUUAUCAGAUUGCAAAGCUGAGUAUAAUUCCUGUAUCCUGCCUGUUGGAAGUGUUGCUUGACAAGAUUCGGUACUCGCGAGAUACAAAGCUGAGUAUAGGAGUUGUUCUCUUGGGUGUUGGUGUUUGCACUGUCACUGAUGUGAGUGUUAAUGCCAAAGGAUUCAUUGCUGCCUUCAUUGCAGUUUGGAGCACUUCUCUGCAACAGUAUUAUGUACAUUACCUCCAAAGGAAGUAUUCACUAAGUUCUUUCAACCUCUUGGGUCACACUGCUCCAUCCCAGGCUGCAACGCUGCUAUUAUUAGGCCCCUUUCUGGACUACUGGUUGACAAACAAAAGAAUCGACACGUAUGACUACAAUGCAGUCUCUGUGAUGUUUAUCGUUCUAUCAUGCAUCAUAGCAGUAGGGACCAACUUAAGCCAGUUCAUCUGCAUUGGCAGAUUCACCGCCGUGUCCUUUCAAGUACUUGGUCAUAUGAAGACAGUCCUUGUGCUUAUCAUGGGAUUCUUUUUCUUCGGAAAAGAUGGUCUUAAUCUACAUGUGGUUCUGGGCAUGACCAUAGCUGUAGCUGGAAUGAUUUGGUAUAGCAAUGCCUCAUCUAAGCCUGGAGGAAAGGAGCGCAGGAGCCUCUCUCUUCCUACAAGCAGACAACAAAAACAAAGUAAUUUGUCAGAAUCCAAUGAACAUGAUGGUAAAGUCUAAGCGUUUAUGUAGUAUAAGUUAAGCAUACGAGGGCAGCUAAUUCCAGCAACUUGUCAAUCAUUUGAGAUUAGAAAACCUUGCCAUUCGAUUCUAAUUAUUUUCUCCUCGAUUCUAUAAUUCUUAUUUUUUAUUUUUUAUUUUUGUACUCGAUCCUAUCAGGGAAAGGGAUGCUUUAGGAUAGGACUAGGCUCCCUGCAAAAUUUUCUUCUGUCUCACGAAUAUUAUUCAUAGUAAUUUAUUCAAGUCGAAUGGGAAAUAAAUGUUUUGUGAUUACAUUAUUGUCCA